UGAAGCGAGAGGGUUAAAGAAAGGCGAAGAAGUGUUCCAGAAGGAAGGAGGAAGGAAAUCAUCCCUCAGGGAUCAUGAUGAAAACGAAAAAGCGUUCAUCAUCAACUACAAAACAUGUCAAUGUCAUCGUACUUGGUCAGGAUGGUGUUGGAAAGUCAGCUUUUACAGUUCGUUUGAAAACAAAGCGCUUUAUUUGGGAAUACAGUAAUAUUGAGGACAGUUAUAAUCACUGCUUAGAAUAUGAAGGAGAAAAUGUUUCAUUGACAAUCACAGAUACAUCCGGACUGAAAUCUGAGAAAGAACUUGAAGAAUAUCUUAGAAUUGGAGACUUGUACAUAAUCAUGUACUCAGUCACGGAUCGAACAUCAUUCCUAGAAUCCAGACGUCUUGGAAGCUUUCUGCGAGAGAAUAAUUCUGGGAAUUUCGAGAUGGCACUUGUCGGAAACAAAACUGAUUUAGAACAUGCCAGAGAAAUCAUGGAAAGCGAAGGAACUUCACUUUCGGAGGAAUUAGAAUGCAAAUUCUAUGAAAUAUCUGUGGCAAAAAACUUCUUCGAUGUUGAGUACAUGAUGAAUGAUGCGGUGAAAGGAUUCACAAAAGCGUCAGAGUGUAGAUCAAGUAGAACUUCAUUAUUGAAAGUGAAGGAAAAUUUAUCGCGGAACAAGUCUUUUAGAUCGUUCAAAAGAAGAAUGUCGAUUUCGUAAUAGCGAAUUCGCAAGAAGAGGCCAGGAGAUCGAUGUUGAUCAGCGUGUGGGAGGAAGUUAGCAACAGAAGGCGAAGAGGAGAAAUUAAAGUCGAGCUAAUGCUGUUUUGAUAAGCUUCAAAGUUACACGAUACCGACUGAGUGAUCUUGUAACCAAAGUCUCAAAUCAACGCCAUCAUUAGAGACACUGAAUACAAGGGCUCGCAUACUCGAUUAAAUCCUAUAUUUUCCGUUUGUGAGUGGGCUCAUUACGGCACUCCCGACGAUGAUAUAAUUUUAAUAAUUACUCUGACUGCAGACAAUUGACUGGCCGCCCAUGCGCGCUUGCAUUGUUCUCGAAUGAUAUCUUUUGACAAGUACUCAACUGCGCAAUCGCUUUAAUUAAAGCAGAUUAAAAAGCCCACGAGAUUUUGAUUACGAAAUGCGUUCAUCAUUUUUAUGUAAAAGUAAUUAAAAUAUCAGGUAACAAACAGUUUAUCGCAAACAUUAAUUUUUAUUUUUUAUCGACUCUU